CGUCUGCCAUACAUACUCACCAAUUGAGUUUCAUUAUCGUUCAAAAAAGUCACCAAUAUUAAAAAAAACCAUGUCUUCUGCAGAGCUAAACCUAGAAAAAUAUCGAAUUCCACUCGACGAGAUCCUUCACGUCACAAGUAAUUUCAGUCCAGAAACACGGAUUGGAGAUGGUGGAUUCGGUAUGGUCCACAAAGGAGAACUCUCUAAAGACGGGCAAACACGCACAGUAGCCAUCAAACGCCUCAAUCAAGAUGGUUAUCAAGGAAACAACGAGUUCCGUAAUGAACUCGAGAUGGUUUCCAGUUUUCAUCAUCCAAACAUCAUUGCUUUCAUUGGCUACUGUGAUGAGGCCAAUGAGAUGAUCAUAGUUUACGACUAUGCUAAGAAUGGAAGUCUUGAUCAUUAUCUCCAAAAGCCGGAUAAGAUGCGUAGCUUAACAUGGGCACAACGCUUGAAGAUUUGCUUAGGUGCUGCAAAAGGGCUCAAGUAUCUUCACUCAGGUCUUGGGGAGCACAAUAGAGUGAUUCACAGAGACAUGAAGAGUGCAAAUAUACUCUUAGAUGACAAUCUGGAAGCCAAAAUCUGUGAUUUUGGUUUGUCAAGAUUUGGUGCAAGAAACCUGGAAGAUACCCAACUCUUAACAAAGAUUGCGGGUACAAGGUUUUACAUGGAUCCCCUUUACGCUGAAAGAAGCAGGCUCACGAAAGAGUCAGACAUGUACUCGUUUGGAGUGGUUAUGUUUGAAAUGUCAAGUGGGACACUUGUUUAUAAUCAAAAGUGCUUUGGAGAUGAUGAUAAGCCACAAUAUCUGUUUGAUGUGGUCCGGAGCUGCUAUGACGAUGACAGAAAAGCUGCUAGACCAGACAAGUUAAUCGAUCCUGAUAUUAAAGAUCAUACUGAUAUGAAGUCUUUUCAUAUAUUUAACAAAAUUGCACAUAAAUGUGUAAACUUGAAGUUAGAGCAACGCCCAACUAUGGAGACGAUGAUCAGGAAGAUUGAGCUGGCAUUGGAAAUUCAAUUGUUAUGUUUUUAUUCACAGAACCACCAAGAAUCACCUGCCACACGAGGCCUAGAUAGUUUCCUAAUUCCACUGGAGGAAAUAUAUUUGGCAACCCAAAACUUCAAUCAGGAAACAUGUAUUGGAGACUACGAAUAUGGUGUUGUCCAUAGAGGACAGCUCUAUGAACGGUGGCAAAACCGAACCAUGGCCAUCACGCGCUUGUAUCCAAAAAGCUACCUACGUUGGGGCCAGGAUUUUAAAAAGGAGCUCCGGAUUAUUUCGAGUCUUCACCAUCAAAACAUCUCCCCUUUCAUUGGUUAUUGUGAUGAAGCCAAUGAGAGAAUUAUAGUUCAUGAACAUGCUGUCAAUGGAAACGUUGCUAAUUAUCUGGAAAACUUGAGGAGUAAGUUGCCUAAACUAACAUGGGCACAACGCCUCAAGAUUUGCCUAGGGGCAGCAAGAGGACUCCAGUGCCUUCAUUUGGUUCUUGGGGAGGAGAGCAGUGAAACAAAGGGGAGCAUCCAUUGUGAAAACAUAUUGUUAGAUGAAAAUAUGGAAGCCAAAAUUUCUUUUUUUGGUUUGUCAAGACAAGGUCCCACAUGCUACAAUCCCAACGAACAUAUAUCAGAUAUGUUCUCGUUUGGCGAGAUAAUGUUUGAAAUAUUGAGUGGACGUCGAGCUACUGAUAUAAACAAAUAUAUUGACGUAGAAGACCAAUUUGAGCAACUUCAAGAAUACUACCGCAACAAUAGACUCAACUUAUUCAUUGAUGACUAUAUAAGAGAUCAAAUUGAUAGCCCUUGUUUGAAUAUAUUAAUAGAUGUUGCAUAUCGGUGCAUAAAGAGGAGGUCCCACAGGCACAUAAUAACGGAAAAACUGACGUAUGGGAGAUGGAGUAGGAGACGGCGAGGGAGAGGAACAGAGAGAGAGACACCUUAUGUAGCAAGUAGCAGGGAUCUGCAAUUUACGAUGAAUGAAGUCGUCGAGAGGAUUGAGGAUGCUACGGAUUUAGAUGCAUAUGGAAACUAGCAUAUGGAUUAUAAGAUUAUACAACACGAAUAACUUUUUUUUUUUUUUUAUUGACAAUUAUUAUAUUCCCAUAAAUUCCAAGACUGCAUUUCAUUAUUGUAUACAAUUAGGCGAAUUUGCUUAUAAUUAUUGUAAUAAAAAUCUUUAUAAACAUAUGUUACUGAAAAUAAGAACAAGAAUCACUUCUAGAAUACUUGGACAAUACCUACCGCACAAUCCGUAGGCGGUAGGUAUAAGGUGAUACCUAUAUAAUUGCUACGGAAAAAGACGGGUAACAUAAACGCCCGUAGGAAAUUUUUAUCUACGGAUUUGCUACAGAAUACUUACGACUUUUUUCCAUAGUUACAUACCUACAUAAUUGCUACAGAUACCAAUAGCUACGGAUUUCCUGCAAAUUGCCGACGAGAGUCAAGUUUGACAAAAGUUGACUCCGAAAUAGCUACAUAAAUACAUAGCUACGGAUUUCCUACGGAUUACCGACGGGGCCCACUUCGACUAACGGUUACUUUAUUACCCCCGGCUCACAUUACCUACGGUUUUUUGUAGGUUAC